AUGCAUAUUCAAGGAGAUAUGAUGACUUGGGAUAAUCAUCGGUCUGGAAAAAACCAUGUGAAAUCUGCCAUGGAUAAAGGCAUUGUGAAUGGAGCGUGGCUUCAGCUGUUUCCAAAAUCUGUUCUCUGUUCCGUCCAGACGAGUACUUCUGACCAUAGACCUUUGUGCUUGGACACGGGGGGAAUUGGUCCUAAAUUCACCAGAUGCUUCAAAUUUAAGGAAAGUUGGACGCGGGAUUGCAGAAGCAACCUCGUUGUUGCCAGUGCAUGGGAUUCGGUGGCCCAUCCGUGGGCCCCUGCUCGCGUUUUUAAGAAGAUCGGUGCUACUCGGGUUGCGCUUCUUCAAUGGAAGAGAACCGAAUUUGGUAAAAUUGACAGUAUCAUUCAGGAGCUGGAACUAAAACUGGACCAAAUGCAACAACUGCCUGCUGGCUCCAGAGAUUGGAAUUCGGAGAUUGAAAUCAGACGAAGCUUGAAUGAAGCCCGAGCCAAAAAAACGAUUUAUUGGAAGUAA